ACCUCUGUGUCAUUUUGCUCCCUCUCCCUCCCUCUCAAUCCACCUCUCCCCAUCACAUCACAUCACAGCAGGAGGAUCAAGCUUACGGCCACAUUUCCCGCCUUUCCCUCCCACUGUCUCCCCUCGCACUCAGAGGGCCCUUUCACUCAGGCCUAGGCGCACUGCGUGCCGUGCCCCGGUGUCUGUGUCCGUCGCACAACCCAAACACAGCCCACCAAGCCAAGGCUCCGGGACGCAACAACGAACAGCAGUAGUACAGAGUACAGGACGACACAAACCAACCACUCGAACCACCUCUCAUGAGCCGGACCUCCAUCAUCCGCCGCCGCCGCCGCCGCAACCGCCUCGCAUCCUCCUCCACUGCCAUCUCCAUCACCACCUCUUCUACAUUCACAUCCACAACCAUCACGGUCGCCGCCGCAUCGUCGACGUCGCACUGAGAACCGUCGUCGCCUUCUUUUCCCCCACCAAACAAAGCCGACUAACUCGCAUCGUCGCAAUUGAACCGCGAUCAUGGUCUCAGCCGCCGGAGGCAUCGUCAUUGCCAUCCUGGUCCUCGUUCUUGUCGCUGUUCUCGGUUGGGUCGUCUUUACCCAGCUGCGCGCCCGCAGACUAGGCCUGCCGCCCCCGUCGCUCUCGUCCUACAUCCCUUUCCGGAAAUCCGACACAGCGCCAUCCUACGGGCCCCCACGACCGGCGCCGAGUGGUAUCACCGGCUGGUUUAAUGACAAGAUCACCUCCUUCAAGAACCGCAACAACCGCUCCGCGGCCGGCGCCUACGAGCAGCCCUCGGGCGCGGGCGCCCCCCGCCGCGGCUUUGGCCCGCUCGACCCGGACGAGGCAUGGGAUGCGCGCGUCGGCCACGAAGCCGAGACGUACGGCCCCUACGGCAACUACGAGGAGCAGGAGCUCGGCUACCGCGGCGGCAGUGGCGCCGACGCCGGGAAUAGCUACAGCAUGAACCUCGCCGCGACGCCUGGCGUGCACCACGAAGAGCCCGCCCGCGGUCGGAGCCUAAGCCGCCCUAGCGACGACGAUCUUGCGCCGGGCGUUCCCAAGUCCGGCGGUAGGAAUCCGUUCGAGGACGAUGCCGAGCCGAGCAACAUCAGCUUGCGCGGUGUCAGUCCUCGACCCAUUGUCGACACGGCGUCGCAUCAGCAGCAGAAGGACCACGGCGAGAGUCCGACGGAGCGGAGGUCGAUCUUCCGAGAGAACGUAUAGAAACGUCGGCCACGCUGAAGCUUGCACCACAGGACUGUUUACUGGUGCCGAUGGGGAGACUCCAUAGAAGACCUUGGCGCACCCUGGCAUACGAGAUACCAGCCGGACCAAGUAGGGUUAUUUAUGUUUCCUGGGGGAACAAGAGUGGAACGUCUUUUUGGGGACAGUUGCAACAAGGCUAACGAGCAAAGAAAGCGGGCCCGGGAGGUGGGAGGAUCGGGAAGAGGGUUUUCGGGAACAAGUCAACGAUUGUGGAGGACGGGCAAUGUGUUACGAGAUUCCAGAGGCGUUGGGAUUUAUGCUGUUUGACGCGUUCCAAGGAACCUUUUUUUCCUCUUCUUUUUUCUAAGCGGCCAACAUUCUAUAAACAUUGAACCGCCAAGGAUACACAAUUUCUUCCCAAC